GAGACGCACAAACGUUGAGCAGCGAGCCUGCAGCGCAAACUGCAAAGAAGUUUGGUCUAAGAACUUUUCUCACUUACUUUGGGCUUGCAACCGAACAGUUGCAACACAGACUUUUACUUUGUAUAUUUUUUACUUUGAAUCGCGUACUCAAUUCGGACCUGUUGGAUCAAACUCACUUGCAACUUCUGCCUGUGAUCAAAUUGUCUUUCAAAAGAAACAUUACAGAGCUUUUUAGAAGUGAAGAAAUCUGCUUAUAGCGGAGCGGUGGAAGGAUGAUCUGACCCUGCGUAAAGCCCCGGAGGAUAUCUCUCUUCCCUCACCCAGAACAACACGUGAAACGGCAACAGAAGCAGCAGCGUCCAGGAGGCUUCAGUCAACAUGACCAUGUCCGGCGGUUUUGUCGGAUACUUGUCAGCUCAUUUUACGUGACCGCAUGGUGCCGGGGCUGCGGAAAUAAAGGACCGCUCUCCAUGUAUGCUGGAGAAAUAAACAGAGCUGUUGCAAACACGUUGUUGGAGCUGUCUUGGACAAGUUUGCUACAAUGCAGGGCACUUUGGGCGCAUUCAUUCAGUCCUGUCUCAUCCUGCUGGUACGUGCAGACCAGUGGAGGUUGAAGGAUUCCUCCAGCUGCGAGUUAAAUAGGAAGCAAGCUGACCUAAACUCCUUUCUCUGGACAAUCAAACGGGAUCCCCCUUCCUAUUUUUAUGGUACAAUCCAUGUUCCCUACACCCGUGUUUGGGACUUCAUCCCUGAAAAUUCCAAGCAAGCGUUCCAGGAGAGCAACAUUGUUUACUUUGAGCUGGACCUGACUGACCCGUACACCAUCUCGGCCCUGACCAGCUGUCAGCUGCUCCCCCAUGGGGAAAACCUACAGGAUGUCCUACCAAGAGACAUCUACAAGAGACUUAAAAGACACCUCGAGUACGUAAAACUGAUGAUGCCCUCUUGGAUGACCCCUGAUCAAAGAGGGAAGGGACUCUACGCUGACUACCUCUUUAAUGCAAUAGCUGGGAAUUGGGAAAGGAAGCGUCCUGUGUGGGUGAUGCUGAUGGUGAACUCGUUAACUGAGGCAGACAUCAAGACGCGAGGGGUGCCUGUCCUGGACCUGUACUUGGCCCAGGAGGCGGAGAGGAUGAGGAAAAGAACAGGAGCAGUAGAGAAGGUGGAGGAACAAUGCCAUCCACUCAACGGUCUCAAUUUCUCCCAGGUGAUCUUUGCCCUGAACCAGACAUUAUUGCAGCAGGAGUCACUGAGAGCAGGAAGCCUUCGGGUCCCGUACACAACCGAGGACCUAAUCAGACACUACAACUGUGGGGAUCUCAAUUCCAUCAUCUUCAAUCAUGACACAUCACAGGUGCCUAACUUCAACAAUGUGACCCUGCGACCAAGCGAGCAGGUGACUGCCCAGGAAAUCGAUGCCUACUUCCGACAGGAACUGAUUUACAAGAGGAAUGAGAGGAUGGGCAAGAGGGUGAAAGCCCUGCUGGAGGAACACCCAGACAAGAGCUUCUUCUUUGCCUUUGGUGCAGGUCACUUUCUUGGCAACAACACAGUUAUCGAUGUGCUUCGCCGCCAGGGAUAUGAGGUGGAACACACGCCUGCUGGACAACCCAUAAAGAGGAGAUCAUCAUCAAAACCUGCUUCCCCAGCACUGGAGGGUCACCAGGAUGACUUUACUCUUCUGGAACCCUUCCUCCAUGAGCUCCCACACAAGGAGGAGGACCAGGGAGUUCUCCUGGAAGAGGACCCACUACCCCACAUGCUCCUUCCUGCAGACAGCCUGGAUCUUCUAGAGAAAGCAGAGAAGAAGAUGCUAAAGAAAAAGAGGCGGAACAAGCAAAAGAAACAACAAAAUCGACAUUUCAAUGAUCUCUGGGUACGCAUAGAAGAGAGUUCCAUGGUUCAGUCUCCGCCUCCUCCUUUGGUUCGUAUCAUCAAUGGCUACAUCACAGUGGAGCCACCAAACAAAGUCUACAGCCAGCACAACUACCAUCACUUACAGUCUUCAUCACCCAUCACCUCCUUUCCCUACGUUUUACUCAUUUUGCUCUUCACACUUAUAGCUUUGGUAUUUCAGAAAGGGUCUGCACUCCUCUAGCAGGACAUCAAUUAUUUUAGUAAUAAAAGCAUUAAAGAGUUUAAAUUCACUUCAACAUGAGGUCUAAUUAGAACCUGAGGCCCACCAGAAAAUAUUUUCCAUGUAACUGUCAGGCUUGAGCAACCUGGGUUGGAACUGAUGUCAAUGGACUGAUGCUCUGAUAAAAAUAAAUAAAUGAAUAAAAAAAUAAAUAAUAAAACAUUUUACAUGUUUUCUUGGAACAAUACAGGUUUGUUUUUUUUGUCACUUUGCGAUAACACUUUGCACAAAGAAUGCAAAAGAAAAUGCGAGUGAAAGAAAUAAAAUCCGGAAUAUUUUCUCAUGUCUCAUUUGCGUUUUUGCCAGAUGUUAGCUACCCAUUAGUGCAUGCAACAUGCAUAUCAUUCAGAGCAUUCUUGAACAUUAAAAAUUCUUCAUAGACACAACUUGAACCAUUUGUAUCUAGUGUGCUUGUAUGAGUUAGCGUGUUUAUGCUGUGUUUGCUUGUGUGGGUGAGUUUGUCAGCUCUUAUACGCCUUGUGUUUGCAACCAGAAGUGUUCUUCACAACUUAAUUUAUUCUUUCAUUUACAAUCUCUUUGAUGUUGUAAAAUGUGUUGGUUGGGGAAAUUGUACAUUGUUUUUUUUUAUGCUACAGUUGUAUUUUAGGGCUAUAAAAAUAUGAGAAACAUUGUUUUUAUAUGAGUUGAUAAAUAAAUGAGCAUCAUAUUUCUUAAAGGACAUCAGGAACUAACCACCACAGCCCAUGUCAUGUUUCACACUGAAAUUAAAGUUGUGAUAUGGACAGAUGAUUGUAUUGUAUCUAAUCUAUCAGUGUUAUUUCUUGCUUUGAUGUGUUUGUUGAAAAAACUCACUUUUGUUUAUUAUUAGGUUUAAAUUAUUUAACUACAUUAGCUUUCCUGUAAAGCAUACAGAACAUUUUCAGACUUUUUAUAAAUAUUUUUGUUACUACAGUAUCCAAGUGUGUUUUUAUAUUUUCAAGAUAAUUAUAGUGAUAAUAUUACAGUUAUAAUAAAGCCUGUCCACACAUGUAGAACAUGUACAGUGUAGUAUUUUAGGACAGUCACAUGUCAUCUAUGGAAUAAGAUAAUUGUAAUAGUAUCAACAAUAAAAUAUUUAUUUAGACACA